AUGGCCAUGGUGGCUGCUGCUUCUUCUUCUUCAACAUUUCUCGGCCACAUCCCAUUUCAGCCUCACAAUACAUCAGGGAAAACUAUCCAGCGGAAAGUUCCUGUAAGGAGGAUAUAUUGUCUAUUUUGGGGACCGAAGAAGUCUCUGGAGAGUGCUAAACCGGACGUCUCGUUGGGGGAUUUCAGAUUACGAGAGUCAGGCUCAAGGGGAGAUGCAUCGGGGUCAGACAGAGUGAAAACUGUAUCAGUUUCAGUAGUUUCCUCAAUCUCAGAGGUUUCAUCUCAUGAAUGGGAUGAAUGUAGUUGUGACUCUUCAGGCCCCGAAAAUUUUAACCCCUUCAUUUCUCAUGGUUUUUUGUCAAGCUUGGAGGAAUCAGCUUGCGCUGUUAAGGAGACAGGUUGGACACCGCAACACAUAGUCGCACGAGAUGAGCACAAUAAAGUUUUAGGAGUUGUCCCUCUCUACCUUAAAAGCCAUUCUUAUGGUGAAUAUGUAUUUGAUCAUUCUUGGGCAAAUGCAUAUUAUCACUAUGGUGCAAGAUACUACCCGAAACUACAAUGUUGCGUGCCAUUCACUCCAGUUACUGGCCAGAGGAUCUUAGUUCGUAACACCGAGUACAAGGAUGCAGUCUUUGACGUUCUAGUAUCUGCAUUGAAGGAUCUAGCAGCGAAGUUUCAGGUAUCUUCCGUGCACAUUACUUUUCCUUCUGCUAGUGAAUGGGGCAAGUUGAAGGAAAAAGGCUUUCUUCAGAGGAUUGGUAUGCAGUACCACUGGAGAAAUCGUAAUUACAAAAGUUUCGACGAGUUCCUGAUGGACAUGAAGCAGGGAAAAAGGAAAAAUAUUCGUCAAGAGCGGAAGAAGAUUUCAGCUCAAAAUUUGACCAUGAAAAGGCUCAGAGGAUAUGAAAUAAAGGCAAAGCACUGGGAUACAUUCUACACAUUCUAUCGAAACACAACAGAUAACAAAUGGGGCAGUGCUUACCUAACCAGAGAUUUCUUCCACAACAUGGCCUCAAAGUUGGGUGAUAAUGUUUUACUUGUGGUAGCCGAACAAGAUGAUGAACUAGUUGCUGGUGCGCUUAAUUUAAUUGGAGGUAACACAAUAUACGGACGCCUUUGGGGUUGUCUUCCAGAAGUUUACUAUCCAAGCUUGCACUUCGAAGCAUGUUAUUACCAGGCAAUCGAAGCAGCCAUUGAAUUUAAACUUGACAGAGUUGAGGCGGGUGCUCAGGGUGAGCAUAAAAUCCAGAGAGGUUACCUUCCAGUCACUACAUACAGCUGCCACUAUAUCCAAGAUGAGGAUUUCCGGAAAGUGAUUGCUGAAUUCUUGGAAAGAGAAGCAGCUCAGGUAGAGCUUGCUAUAAGAUUGUUAAGUGAUUCUGGUCCUUUCAAGGAGGCUACGUCGAGUUGA